AUGAAAAUCAGCAACCACUCUGCUGUUCCAGUUUAUACCAUCUCAGGCUCUUCCACCGCGAGACCUCUUCCCGAAUGGCUGGCCAGAAAACGAAAAAGGAGUCUCAAAAAUGAUCCCGAGUAUGCCAGUCGCAUCGAGCUACUCCAGGACUUCGAAUUCGACGAAUCCAGUCAGUGUGUGAGGGUCAGCGACGACGGACAAUGGGUGAUGAGCACGGGAACUUAUAAGCCGCAGAUACAUACCCACUACCUACCCCAUUUGUCACUGUCGUUCGCUCGCCAUACGAUAUCUCUCAAUACCACCUUCCUCCUACUAUCCACAGACUACUCCAAAUCUCUACACUUGCAGGCAGAUCGUUCCCUCGAAUUUCACACCCCACUUGGAUGCCAUCAUACCACCAGGCUGCCACGAUAUGGGAGAGAUCUCAAGUUUGAUAAGCGAUCUGCGGAAGCACUGAUACCCGCUGUCGGGGUCAAUGAAAAUGGCAAUGGGGAAGUUUUCAGGUUGAAUCUGGAAGCGGGAAGGUAUAUGCGAGGAUAUGAAGUCGAGGUUGGUGGUGACGACUUCACAUCCAGCGGUGGUGGUGCCCUGCAGGGUGGAAUUGGCACGGGAAGCGUCAACACUGCUGCAAUCGCAGGGGAAUCGCAUGGGUUGCUGGCUUUCGGAACAUCACUGGGUACUGUGGAAUUUUGGGACCCUCGCUCAAGAGGUCGUGUUGGCAUUUUGCAGAGCCCCAGAGAGGCAAACCCGAUCGAUGGAAGGCAGGAGAUCACAGCGUUGGAGUUUGACCGCUCUGGAUUAGGGAUGGCCACGGGAUCUUCCACAGGAUUAAUUCAUCUUUACGAUCUCCGCUCACGUGCUCCGUUACUGAAGAAAGAUCAAGGCUACGGGUACCCAAUACAAACGCUCAUCUACCUUGUAUCCUCAACCUCAACUCGGGCACAGACCGCUGAACCCAAGAUACUCUCAGCAGACAAAAGGAUCAUCAAAAUCUGGGAUAUACGAGAUGGAUCGCCCUGGACAUCUGUGGAGCCUGCUGUGGAUAUCAACUCAGUAGCAUGGUGCAAAGAUUCUGGAAUGAUCUUGACUGCGAACGAAGGACGGCAACAACAUAGUUUCCUGAUACCGCAGCUCGGACCAGCUCCCAAAUGGUGCUCGUUCCUUGACAAUCUCGUUGAGGAGAUGGCGGAGGACCCGAAUGAUCCUAACGCGUACACCAGCCAGAAGGCUGGUGACGUUUAUGACAACUACAAAUUCCUGACCAUGCAGCAGCUCCAGUCGCUAAAUCUCGCCCACUUGGUAGGGACCACCAGUCUACUCCGCCCCUACAUGCAUGGCUACUUUGUGGCGCAACGGCUUUACGAAGAAGCGAAGCUCAUCGCAGAUCCAUUCGUGUGGGAAGAAGAGCGAAACAAAAGAGUCAAGGACAAGAUUGAUACGGAGAGGGAGAGCAGGAUCAGAGGCAACAAGAAGGUCACGGCCAAGGUCAACAAGAAACUUGCAGAGAGGAUAAUGGAGCGGGCGGAUCGAGAAGAACGAAGGCAAGCGAACAAGGUACUCGAGAAGGGUGGAGACGAUGACAAGAUUGAGGAUGCCACCGCAACGGCUAGUACGGAAGAGAAGCCCUCCGGCAGCUUACUGGCAGAUCCCCGUUUCUCUAAGCUGUUCCAAGACGAAGACUUUGCCAUCGAUGAGCGAUCGCGAGAGUUCCAGUCCCUGAACCCAAGCACGAAACCAGCGCCAAUUGGGCCUACCAAUGACAACGAGCGCAAGCUGACGGCUGUGGAAGAAGACGCGACUGCGGAGAUACCUAGAUCCGACUCUGACGACUCUAGUGAAGAGGAGGAGGCGCCCAAGACCAAAGACAGUGGACGAAUCUCUUCGGUCUCUUACAAGAGAUCCGGUCACCGAUCUCAACAGCCACAGAUGCGAGUCACAUCCUCGAAAAAGCCUCAGCAAGGCCGAGACCGCUCUUUUGGAUCACGAGCUGAGCGGAGUAAAUCCACAAAAACCAACACGAGUACGGUAGUAGGAGAGCGGGAGAUCACGUUUGCCCCGGAAAAGAAGAUGAAGGCUCAGAAGGUAGAGAAUACAGGGACAGACAGAAGACGGGACAAGGGAAGGAGAAGUGCCAGUGGGAAUGUGUUUAGAAAAAUAUGA